UGAAGGUUCAAGCUUCAACUGUUGAUUGACUGACGACCUACAGUAGAUAGUCCAAACCUACGAUCUAUCAUGAGGUGAUCCUCACCUUUAUUCGUCAUGUUCGACACGAUCUGCACCUUGCCUCUUCAAUCGGACCUCUUCGCUCAGGUCAUUCAUCCUUCAGAACCUAUUUUCGCGGUUGGCUUGUCCUCAGGACAUGUCCAAGCGUACAAACUUCCCUCCGACUCAGAUGUGAUUGAGAGCGCCUCUCAAGACAGUUCCGAACCUACACCCAACACUACAAAUCCCGUAAAUGGCCAUGGUUCAACCCCGAUAUCCUCGUCGCUGCGCAGAUCGUCUUCGGCGAGUGCUUCAGAAAGUGGACUUGGCGCAAUAGAUACCGUCUGGAGUACAAAAAGACACAAGGGCUCAUGUCGAUGUCUGACGUUCAGUCAUGAUGGCGAGAUGUGCUACUCUGCAGGAACCGAUGGGUUGGUCAAGUCCUUCGUAACAGAGACUGGUAAAGUCGUCGGGAAGAUAGCAAUACCAGAGGUUCGCGGUCUGCCGGAACUGGACGAGCCGUCGGUUCUUCAUGCCUUGACACCACAGACUCUCCUUCUUGGGACGGACUCGGGCAAGCUAUACCUGCAAGACUUACGGCAGGGUGGAAGAGAAAUCGUGGCAAAGGCGAGUCAAAUAUGGGAACCACAUGGGGGAGAACACGUCAACGCCCUGGUACCUCUGCCCGCCAGUGAGACCAGCACGAGCGGGUUCCCAAAACAGUGGGUGACUGUAGGAGGUUCGACCCUUGCGGUAACGGAUCUCCGAAAGGGUACGAUCGCUACGAGCGAAGACCAAGAGAUCGAACUUACCAGUGUUACGCUCAUUCAAGGCUUGAAGAAAGGUGGUACAAGUGUCGGUGAGAAGAUUCUUGUCGGUCAGGGCGAUGGCGUGGUUAGCCUUUGGGAGAAAGGUGUCUGGGAUGAUCUCGAUGAGCGGAUUGUCGUGGACCGAAGUGGCCUCGGUGUUGAAAGCCUGACCGAAGUACCAUUUGGCUACGGAAAGGGCAAACUCAAGAUGAACGAGAAGCUUGUGGCUGCAGGACUGGAGGACGGUCGAGUCCGCUUCCUGCGGAUCGGCCGUAAUGGCGUUUUGAAUGAAUUGGACAUCAAACAUGACGAUAUCGAUGGCGUUGUUGCCCUCGGCUUCGACAUCGAAGGGAGAAUGCUCAGCGGAGGUGGACAGACGGUGAAGGUAUGGACUGAAGCGAAGGGCCUUCCCGGGGGAGGUAGGGCCGCAGGCACCAAACAUGAUCUGUCCUCUGAUGACGACGAAGACGGUACAGAUGGGGACGACUCCGACAUGGGAGACAGUAGCGAUGAAGAAUCUCAUCCCAAAGGUAAACGGAAAAAGCGAAAGCGAGGUAAAGGCAAGGACAAGUCUGGUGGAAAAGCACUUGAUUUCUCGCUGUGAUAAUGGAGUCUGACGGGAAGGGCAAUAAUGCUGUGUUGUGAAUAAUGAUACCCAGGGUUUUGUACAUACAUGCCAACCAG